CCCACUGUUCUUGCUGAAGAGAACUAAAACCUUUGUGUCUUCUUCUUUAACGAAUCCCUAAUUCUCAAAUCUUGGGGUUUUACAUUUUUCCUUAACAGGAAACACCUGAAUUCGAAAUGAUCGCUACAGUACUUCGUAGAUCACUCCUUGAUGCAUCAAGGAGGACUCUUUCUGCAUCGCUGACUUCAAUUAACGCUGUUUCAUUUCACGGCUUUGCACCAGCCGCCACCGGAGUCUCCGAUCUAGCUACAAUUGGAUCUUCCGAUGUCAAGCCUGGGUUUUCGUUUGGUGUUAAAGGAAAGGGGUUUCAUUUUCAAUCUGGACCGUCGGAGUUCAGAGCGUCGAUGGUUUCUUCUGGUGGGUUUGCGAUCUCUGAGAGUAGUAGCGAGAGAGUGAUUGGGGAUUCGGAGAGUGAUGGGCUUGCGAUAUCUGAGCUUGGGAUAUCUCCGGAGAUUGUUAAAGCUUUGAGUAGUAAGGGUAUUGAGAAACUCUUUCCUAUACAGAAAGCUGUGCUGGAGCCAGCGAUGCAGGGUCGUGAUAUGAUCGGUCGUGCUAGGACUGGAACAGGAAAGACCCUUGCUUUUGGGAUUCCAAUCAUUGACAAAAUCAUCAAAUAUAACGCUAAACAUGGACGAGGGAGGAAUCCGCUUUGCUUGGUAUUGGCACCGACAAGGGAGCUUGCUCGCCAGGUUGAGAAGGAGUUUAGGGAAUCUGCUCCAAGCUUGGAUACUAUAUGUCUCUAUGGAGGUACACCGAUUGGACAGCAAAUGAGGCAGCUUGACUAUGGUGUUGAUGUGGCAGUUGGAACUCCUGGUCGUGUCAUUGAUCUGAUGAAAAGGGGAGCUUUGAAUCUAUCAGAAGUUCAGUUUGUGGUUUUGGAUGAAGCUGAUCAGAUGCUUCAAGUUGGGUUUGCUGAGGAUGUCGAAAUAAUUUUGGAAAAGUUGCCAGAGAAACGUCAGAGCAUGAUGUUUUCUGCAACAAUGCCCAGUUGGAUCAGAUCCCUCACCAAGAAGUACCUGAAUGAUCCUUUGACGAUUGAUCUUGUUGGAGAUUCUGAUCAGAAACUUGCAGAUGGAAUUACAACAUAUUCUAUCAUAGCAGAUUCUUAUGGAAGAGCAUCUGUUAUUGGUCCUCUUGUAACGGAGCAUGCGAAAGGAGGAAAAUGCAUUGUCUUUACCCAAACAAAACGGGAUGCUGAUCGCCUCUCAUAUGCAUUGGCGAGAAGCUUUAAAUGCGAAGCUUUACACGGUGAUAUAUCCCAGAGUCAGAGGGAAAGAACGCUUGCUGGUUUCCGAGAUGGACAUUUUAAUAUCCUUGUCGCGACUGAUGUUGCUGCCCGUGGACUUGAUGUACCUAAUGUCGAUUUAGUAAUUCAUUAUGAGCUCCCUAAUAACACAGAGACAUUUGUUCAUCGAACGGGACGAACAGGUCGUGCAGGAAAGAAAGGAAGUGCUAUUCUCAUCUACAGUCAAGAUCAAUCCAGGGCAGUAAAAAUAAUCGAGAGAGAAGUUGGAAGCCGAUUCACCGAGCUCCCUAGCAUUGCUGUGGAGCGUGGUAGUGGAAGCAUGUUUGAAGGAAUCGGUGCUCGAUCCGGUGGGUCCUUUGGAGGAGGCAUGAGGGAUCGUGGUUCAAGCUUUGGUGGUCGUUCCGGUGGUGGUGGCUAUGGUGGUCGAUCAGGUGGUGGUGGGUAUGGUGGCAGCAGUGGUGGCUAUGGUGGAAGCAGCGGCGGUUAUGGUGGAAGCAGUGGGGGUUAUGGUGGAAGCAGUGGCCGUUCUGGCAACCGUUAUUCUGGUGAUUCUGACCGUUCUGGUUUUGGGAGCUUUGGUAUGCGUUCUCCUGGGGAAUUCGAUGCAGAUCGUUCUUCUCAGUCAGGUGGAAGAAGCAGCUUUGGUGGUGGUCGUUCAGGCGGAUCAUCAAGCAACCGCUCACCUGGUUUUGGGGACUUUGGCUCGGAUCGUUCUUCUCAGUCAGGCGGAAGGAGUAGCUUUGGUGGGUUUGGGUCAAACGAUGGGAAACGAUCUUACUGAGAAGUGUUUUUGACCCGACCCUGCAAUAAUUGGUUGACCCUAGGAGAAGGAUUCGGUGACUGAGUAGAGUAGUUGCUACGGGAUACAAAGGAGUCGAGUUAUAUAUAUGUAAUUGUGAAGCUAUGUAAAACAAACAUAAAACUUUUUUGAAGUUAUGUCAUAUAUGGUAUGACCUUUUUCAUUGUUUGUUGUUUCUAUUGAUUGAAAUGUCAUGUUUUAAUGAUAUGUAUUUUCUAGU